AGAAAAUGGGCGUGGAGGACUGAAGUUCCGUUAAGGAAGAGAACAUCUGGGCAGCGUCAAUGGAGAUGAUCUCUUUUCUCCUUUGUGAUUAAUACAGAAAUAAAGCGUAAGCUCUGUAUAAGACUCACCUGAAUGACAAACAACACACCCUCAUUUAGCAAUACAAUUGGAUUUUAAAAAAAAGUACGUCUUUUACAUCUGAAAGUUCUCUGACGGAAUACACUUCCAAUCAUGCCACUAGUGGUCUUGCAGCCCUCCCGUCUCAUGUGGGCACGUUUGGCAGCUCUGGUGUUCACAUGUGUGGCGUUUAGUGUGGCCUCCCAUGGAGGUUUCCUCUCUAGUGGUAUGGGCGACUGGAGUGUGUUCUGCUGGGCAUUUAGCUUUGCUGGCACUGUGGUGGUUUUACUUGUGGAGCUCAUGGGUCUACAAUCACGUGUCCCUGUGUCCUGGAACAACUUCCCUAUUACAUUUGCCUGUUAUGCUGCACUUCUCUGCCUGUCUGCUUCCAUCAUCUUCCCCCUCUACUUCCUUAAGGGCAAUCAGUACCUCGGUGAGAUCCGGGACCACAGAAUUGCAUCCUCUGUGUUUUCCUGUCUGGCCACCUUAGCUUACCUGGUAGAGGUGAGUCUAUCACGGGCACGACCAGGGGAAGUGGCCGGAUACAUGGCAACAGUUCCAGGCCUUCUGAAGGUAUGCGAAACCUUUGUGGCCAGUGUCAUAUUCAUAUUCAUCAGUGACCCCAUUUCUUAUGACAGUCACUCUGCUCUUAAAUGGUGUAUGGCUGUCUACUGCAUCUGUUUUGUGAUAUCAGCCACAAUCGUGGUGUUGUGCAUAGGGGAAUGUACAGGGUGUCUUCCUUUCCCAUUUGCAAAGUUCCUUUCUGCCUACGCCCUACUGGCUGUUGCCAUGUACCUCACUGCCACUAUUAUUUGGCCAGUGUUCAAGUUUGACAGCCGUUAUUCCAGAAGUUCCGGCAGGCCAUACUGGGAUAAAUUGGUUGCUGUGGCCGUUCUCACCGCUCUCAACUUCCUUAUCUACCUGGCAGAUCUGGCAUAUUCUGCCCGACUGGUAUUUGUCUCCGCCUGAGUGAACAAGUUAUCAUCUUUUCCAAACAUUGACAGAAGUUUUUGAAAGGUAAAGAGUUGGGGAUAGCCCUUCAUUCCAAGUUUCUGGUGCAUGAGGAAUAUGUCCAUUAAAUAAGAUUGUAUUAUUGAAAAUGUAAUGUGAUGUUUAGAUGUGUUUUCUGUACAUACCACUGCUGAAUCCAAAUUGCUGUGUUAAACUACUGUACGUUUUUGUGCUGUUUUAUGUAACAUGAAGCUUAUUUGUUACAUACACUACCAGUCAUAAGGUUGGACACACUUGGCUGAAUUUAUGUUUUUCAUGAUCUUAAAGGCCUUUUGAUCUGAAGGCUUAUGUUUAAUCAGUACCACCAUGAAUUUACAGCAUUUUUUCCCCUGAUAAUUGAGGCCCAAAUUGACUGAAUUUGCUUAGGCUUUUCUCAAAAAUUGUGAUGCCAUUUGUGGCAUUUUUGUGUUGUUUUAAAGUGAAAUCUCACAAAUCAUAGUAUUGGCUAGUUGUGUAAUUUGGGUCAAUGACAGCAGAAGUGUGAUUACCUGUAAUUAUUUUAGUGCAUAAAAACUGAAUAUGCAGUAAGCAAGCAAAUAUAAAUAUGCACAAACAGCAUACAUUUAAAGGGUUAGUUCACCCAAAAAUAAAAAUUCUCAUUUACUCACCCUCAUGCCAUCCCAGAUGUGUAUAACUUUUUCUUCUGAAAUAUCUUAGCUUAGUAGGUCCUUAAAAUACAAGUGGAUGGUAAUAAGACCUUUGAAUCUCCAAAAAGAACAGACAGUCAGCAUAAACGUCAUCCAUACGACUCCACAGGUUAAAUUAAUGUCUUCUAAAGCGAAGAAGCAUGUGACGUUUUCGCGUUGGCAUGUUCACGUGAGAACAGACGCACAUGCAACACACCCAGAAGAGCAGCGCUGUUUACAACUGAGUAGGAGGAACACUGUACAGAAGCUUGGUUGGUUUUAUUGGUUUAUUUACUCUCAGUGGGGCGUUUGUGUUCUCAACCUGGAUGUCUCAACAGAGAGAAAAACAUGAGAUUACAUCCAUAACAUGCCAAUGCGAAUAUGUCACGAGACCACGUGAACUUUGUCCUGUUGUGAAUGCGCAUAUGGCUGCUGACUGGAAGCAAUGAUUUAUCGGUAAAAACUACUUAAAUAUAGAUCUUUUUCACAGCAAAAGCGAUCGUUUCUUUAUGUUGAUUGUCUGUUCUUUUUGGAGAUUCAAAGGUCUAAUCACCAUUCACUUGCAUUUUAAGGACCUUGUGAGCUGAGAUAUUCUUCUGUUUUUCUUCAACUGUGUUCUACUGAAGAAAGAAAGUCAUACACAUCUGGGAUGGCACAAGGGUGAGUCAACGAUGAGAGAAUUUUAUUUUUUGGGUGAACUAUCCAUUUAAGAGGUGAAAUCCGUCAUAUGGCUAAUAUGAGUUCAAUAGAAGACCUUUCAUUCAUUUUAUAUUAAAAAAAAUUAUCCUCAGUGGACAUUCCAAGUAAACUUUGACAAAAUAGUAGACAUACAACAAAAAUGUAAACUAAAAACACAUAGAAUGAGGAUUCAAUAAUGAUGGGGAUGCAAGAUAAUUUAUUAAACACAAAAAUAACAUGGAGUUAUAACAACUAUUACAAUAAUAAGCAUUUUUCCAAAUCAUUUUAUUCUUCUUUAAUGUCGUUUAUAGUAAGACAGUGAAAUUGGACAGAUGGGCAACAGCCCAAUCCACAUUUGAAUGACAAACAAAUCUGUAAAAUACUGUUCUACAAAUCCAAAUCAGUAUUAAGUACCAGUAACUACUUUGUACAAAAAGUGGCUUUUAAGAUAGUAGCUAUAAUUUGUCUCUACAAAAGGUCAGUGGAAACUGUUGAAACAACUAGGCAUUGCUCCAACUGGGGUCGUGAAUAGUCAAUCAGAAUUAUUAUACAUGGACUAUUUAUAAGGAUAGAGAAAGCUGCGGCACACACAUUUAGGGAACAUUGAAACUACAGCAGUGUGUGAAUGCAGUACUAAAAAGUCAUGAAUAUUAGUAAACUUGUUAAAGUAACUUUAUCCAAAAACUUAUUUAUUAAACAUUUUGUCAACAGGAACGGUAAACACUAUAUCCCCCAAGUAAUGUUCAAUUCAGUAAAUCGAAUAAUAAAUCGUGUAAUUGAUAUAAACAUAAAUGAAUAUACGUAUGCAGUUAGCAAGUUAAAAUCAGUUACCAUCUCCCGUAAAACUUACGUCCUUAGACAGAUGUCCUGAACCUCCAUUUUCGUGCAUUGUUUUUUCUUCAGACAUGGAGAGUUGGAGCGGAUAGUGAAGGAAAGCUGAGUGUGCAGAACUGUUAACUAGGCAAAGGAUGGCUACUUUGAAGAAUCUAGAAUAUAAGAUAGGUAAACCACAUAACUCCCAUACUUCCAAUUUUUAUGACUUAAACAUUAUUCUAAAAUUUGGAGGAGAGUGAAUGUGAGUAGUCCUUUUGGCUGGUAGUGUAAGUUUUAUCAAUGGCACAUAGCAUCACAAUAGAAUUUCAGAAGUUAUGUUUCUGCCAAAAGAUUUAUUUACUAAGUUUGCAUAGAAUAAAGAAAACAAACAAAAUACAUUAGAUUUAUUUUAUAUGAUCAAAUAUAUUUUGAAUACAAAUAAAUUCUGAUUCUGAUGUGUUAACCAGUAUUUUAAACAUUAUUUUCUUGCAGCUUAUGAACCCUUAUUGAAAUCCAUUGCCUUGAAGGGUUCCUUGAUUUAUAAUGUCUAAAUAUAUAUCCAAUGCAUAACUUGUGAUAAUAUCUAGAAAUUAAGUUUGUUCCAACAUUGGUCAGCUAGUGCUUAGAGCACUGAAGCCAUCUACUUGACAUAGUUAUUUUGUGUAUUUUUUUUUUUUUUUUAAUUAUUAUUCAAGCAGAUGUCACCAAAGACCCAAUCUGUGAUAUUCUGACACUCUAUUUACUGAAAUGGUUUUUACUGUAAUGAAGAUAACAUAAAAUGUGCAUAUUUUCUAUUCAAAAUGAAUGGUGUAAUUUAGAGCUAAACAAGGUCUAAACAACAUACAAUCUCCUCUUAAAAAUGCACAACUUUGUUUUUACUUCAGUAAAAUUAGUGUUUUUACAUAUCUUUAAAAAAAUCAAAUAAAAAAAAAUAAUACACGUG